UCGAAACCAAGGCUCCUGCAGGCUCCAAGGACAGCAGGAGGGAGAGCCUCAGCUGCCCAGGGAUCUCCCAGGUAACCGCUCCCCAGGAAGCAAGCCAUGACAGAAGUGGAAAAGCUGCCCCCACCACUGCCCCCACGACUGGACUGGUUCGUGCAGACACAGGUGGUUCAGCUGGCCCAAGAAGGGGUCCCUGCAUGGUUCCACGGUGCCAUCUCGAGACAGGACGCCGAGAAUUUGCUGGAGUUACAGCCACUGGGAUCCUUUCUCAUUAGAGUGAGUCACAGCCACGUGGGCUACACACUGUCCUACAAAGCCCAAAGCUGCUGCCGCCACUUCAUGGUGAAGCUCUUGGAUGACGGGAGCUUCGUGAUCCCCGGAGAGGAGAAGGCCCACACCUCGCUGGACGCCCUGGUCACCUUCCACCAGCAGCAGCCUGUGCGGCCGCACAAGGACCUGCUGACUCAGCCCUGUGGGCAGAAGGAUCCAGAGAACUUGGAUUAUGAGGAUCUCUUCCGUUACGCCAAUGCAUUGACUGAGGAAGUUGCCAGCCCCGCCCAUGUCCCCAGGGAACAUCAGAAUCCAUCCUCCUGUCCCAGGGCUGCACCUGAGGAGAUGUCUGAGCGGGACCCAUGUCCCAACCUCCAGGGCAGAGUCAGAGCUUUGGUGGGUGGGACAGCCCCAGGUCUCACCUGCUCUGGGUUUCAGACCUCAGCGAGGCCGGUCCUGCUCCAUCACCCAAGAGGAAGGAAGCCACCAGCAGAGAUGGACAGAGCUUCCACGGAGGAAGCCACUUCCUCCUGCCCCCCAAAAGCUCCUCUUGAGAAGGCUUGCCAGAAACUCUGGAAGAACCUCAAGAUGCUCCCCCAGACAGGCAAGAGGGUCCAGCAGCAGCUGACAUCCCACCUGCCUUCUACGAACUUGUCAUCGCCCUGGAGUGCUGGGCCACCGGCAGUGACACACAGCUCGGGGGCCAGGCCAGGUGACGCACACUGGGAAGAUAAUGUCGACACAGACCGCUCUGUGGCCAUGUCCCUUGCAAGCCCUUCGCAGCCCCAGGAUCUGAGAGGCAGAGCUGACCCCUCCAGAAAGGUCUCAAGAUUGGCCAGCUGGAGCGAGGCGACCCCGAGGGUCAAGGGUUGGCACCAAGCAGUAGUGAGGGUCCUGUCCCCAAAAGUGUCCAAACCAGAGACAAAGGACUUGGCAGAACCCCAGAAGGACUGGCUCCCCGAGGAGUACCGCCCACCGCCACCCUUCGCCCCUGGGUACUGUUAGAGAAGAGCUUUGCCCUGGCUCUGGGGGCUGCUCACACUGGACCCCUUAUUGUCUACCCACCAGUCCUCAGGAACCUGAAAAAUAUAAUAAAGACGUUGCUUGGGUCUGGUCCUACA